ACCUUGACGUAGUUUUGCCCCGGCCCCUCUAACGUUAGCGGUCUUCCAGUUGCAUCUCAGCCCAGCAUCUCACUAACAAGCCCCACACCGCCCACUAACAGCCCACCAUUCACACUGGAAAGAGUAGAAACUUGCCUCACUGAAAGAUCAAUUCCUCGAAACAUCGCGACGGCGAACAAUUGGCAGAGGGUGAUCACCCCCGCACAGCUUUCAUAACCCCCCUAGACGCUCCGCCGCUUUUGCGCGUACAACUUUCGAACCACCGUCAGGAUGGCUCCUAAAGGCAAACAAGAGGAGAAGAAAAAGGCCCCCUCCACGGGGGCCAAGGCCCUUGAGGACAAGACCUUUGGCAUGAAGAACAAAAAGGGUGGUGCGGCACAGAAGCAAAUCAAACAGAUCCAAUCCUCCAUGAGCAACAGUGUCGAGGCCAAGAAGAAACAGGCAGCACAGGAACAGAAAGCUCGAGAGAAGAAGGCCCAGGAGGAUGCCCAACGUGAAGCCGCUCUGCUGUUGAACAAGCCAGCACAAAUCCAGAAGGUACCUUUCGGUGUCGAUCCCAAGACGGUUGUGUGCAUAUUCUACAAGAAGGGCGACUGCGAGAAAGGCAAGAAGUGCAAGUUCUCUCACGACCUCUCUGUAGAGCGAAAGACGGAGAAAAAGAAUCUAUACACCGACGUCAGAGCUGAGGAAGAAGAGAAAAAGAAAGCAGAGACAUCAGCCGACUGGGAUGAGGAGAAGCUGCGAAAGGUUGUUAUGUCCAAGAAGGGCAACCAACAAACCAGUACCGACAAGGUCUGCAAAUUCUUCGUCUCAGCUAUCGAGGACGGCAAAUACGGUUGGUUCUGGGUAUGUCCAAACGGUGGCGACCAAUGCAAAUAUAAACACGCUCUCCCGCCUGGGUAAGUCAGAUACUUUAGCAUCCUGGGAAAUUUGCUGCUAACCUCCCUCAAGUUUCGUGCUCAAGACCAAGGAA